AUGCCUGGCACCCCGCGGAGAUCGGAAGCCAGGGAUGCUCAGUACAACAGCGGCAGCAUCGGUGUCCCGCAGUCUACAGCAUCGGCCCCGACACCUGCCUCUCGAAAAUCCGCCUCGAGCAGCAACAUGCGGGACCGAUCCGGAGCACUGCAAGACCCUGGGCUGAAAGACUACCGUCUGGGUGACUGUAUCGGCAAAGGUGCCUUCGGCUCCGUCUACAAGGCAUUCAACUGGGGCACAGGUGAGGCCGUGGCGGUGAAGCAGAUAAAGCUGACCAACGUGCCCAAGAGCGAGUUGCGCAUGAUCGAGGCCGAAAUUGACCUGCUGAAGAACCUCCAUCACGACAACAUUGUCAAGUACAUUGGCUUCGUCAAGUCCACCGACUGUUUAAAUAUCAUUCUCGAAUACUGCGAAAACGGCUCCCUGCAUUCAAUAUGCAAAGCUUACGGCAAGUUUCCCGAAAAUCUCGUGGGCGUAUACAUGACGCAGGUGCUUCAGGGCCUGCAGUACCUACACGACCAGGGCGUCAUUCACCGCGAUAUCAAGGGUGCCAAUAUUCUCACCACCAAGGAUGGCACCGUCAAGCUGGCCGACUUUGGCGUCUCCACAAACACUCUCGGUGGUCCGGACAAGGAGGCCCAGGUAGUCGGUACACCCUACUGGAUGGCACCGGAAAUCAUCCAGCUUUCUGGUGCUACCUCUGCUUCCGAUAUCUGGAGUGUAGGGUGUACUGUCAUUGAGCUCUUGCAGGGUAAACCUCCGUACCAUAACCUGGCUGCCAUGCCGGCCCUCUUUGCCAUAGUCAACGAUGACCACCCACCGUUGCCAGAGGGCGUUUCUCCUGCCGCCCGGGACUUCCUCAUGCAGUGCUUUCAGAAAGACCCCAACCUGAGAGUCUCCGCCAAGAAACUGGGCAGACAUCCAUGGAUCGUUGGUUGUCGGCGAAGCGACGCUCCUGUUUCAAAAAACCCAACAGAGGCAGUCGAAGAGGUUGUACGCUGGAACCGGGCUUUGGAAUCCUCCGAGACGAACCUGCGGGCAUCGACCGGUUCCGACAAUAGUUCUGGCCCGCCACAGAUGAGCCAGUUCGCCUCGAGGUUCUCCUCUGUUGAGCAGCAACGGGCGAAUCGGCCGCUUUCUCUCAGCAAACCGAGACCAGGUGCGGACGUAUUUGGCUCUCCGGAGCUUCCCGACGAGGACAAUUGGGACAAUGACUUCGCCACGGCCAUCUCGCCCAGCGCCUUGCAAAACCUCAAGCCCCAGGAUAACUUUGGCGGGCUGCUCUCUAGCGACCGUUUGAAACAAUUUGCAUCUAUCGACGAGUGCCGAAAUUUGGUCAGCAGCUGGGAUGACGACUUUACGGAAGGAGAACAGCUUAUGACCAUCAAGGUCCCAACAGGACAGCUGUCAGAGGUGGACUUCCAGGAGCAGACCAUCCGCCCACUUCCAAGGCGAUCAGACAAGGCGGCCGUCGCUGCGGCCAUCGCUGCAGCCAUGGCAAAUAAUGCCGCAUCGCCACCAGCCAAUUACUUAGCAGCAUCACCAGCGUCCUCCACGGUCUUCAGCUCGCCGCCAUCGGUAUCCCCAAAGCCAAUUCGUCGUCGUAGAACCAAAUACGUGUCCUCGGGAUCGCACGACCCCUUCUCUGCGCAGAGAUCGCCCACCAAAGUUCAGUUUGGCAACAAAUUUGAGCUUCCGUCUCGUCCUGAAAUGGCCUACCAGGAACAGCCUGUGGAGGACUACUCGGACUUGCUCGCCGAAAGCGAUCUUGUCUUCACGAACAACCGCCUCAACUUGGUUUUAAACGGUUCCGGGUCUUCGGAGGCACACUCUAUUGGCCUCCUUCGGUCCUACAGCACACCCCAAGACUCACCUCAGCUGUUCCACCCGUCUGAUCUCACAAGUCUUCCACGGUCUAUGCUAGUUCCUCCUAGCGGUAGUAUGCGGCGCCAACCACCAACGCGACCCUCUGUAUUGCCGGACCGCCCUAUGCGCCGGACACGAUCUUCGGUGGAGAUUGAGCGCUUUGCCGAAGGCGCUGGAGAUGAAGACUUUUCUGAUAUAUUUGGUCCCAGCGACGACCUCACCGAGAAGGAGGAGAGUGAUCGUGGGUCCGACGAUGGCGGUCUUAUGCUAUUGUCCAAGCUAUCCCACAACUCGUGGCUGGGUGACGAGGAGGACGAGGAUGAUCCGUUUGCCUUUAUGGACCCUGGCUGGGACGAGAUGGAUCUCGAGGCGAACAUAGCCAGAGACCGUCAUGCGCGUCUUGCCGAACGGGUCGAAGAGCUGGUCCGCUCACUCAAAAUUGCCAAGAGUGAAGAUGAUCUGUCAGAACUUACGGAAGACCUUCUCAAUCUCCUGUGGGAAAAUACGGAAGUCAAGGACUUGAUUAUCAGUGCACAUGGCCUCUUGCCCAUUUUGGAGAUUCUUGAGCCUCGCACGGUUAAGAGCCGGCAGCACAUGAUUCUGCAAUUGCUCAAGAUUGUCAAUGCGAUCAUUCUUGAUGAUGUAGAGCUUCAAGAGAACUUAUGCUUCGUAGGUGGCAUUCCUAUCGUCACCAAAUUUGCGGCUCGACAGUACUCGAACGAAAUCCGGCUGGAAGCUGCCGCGUUUGUGCGGCAGAUGUACCAGACAUCGACCACAACCCUGCAGAUGUUUGUCAGCGCAGGCGGGCUUAAUGUUCUGGUUGAGUUCCUGGACGAGGAUUACGAUACAUCGCGUGACCUUGUUCUGAUUGGGGUCAACGGUAUCUGGAACGUCUUUGAGCUGCAAGGGCCAACUCCCAAAAACGACUUCUGCCGCAUCUUCUCACGAAGCAAGAUCCUCGACCCCCUAGCUCUUGUGCUGCACAAAGUCUUGGACGAAGAGGACACAGCCAUUUCGGAGCUGAUCGAGGGCCGCAUUGUCAACAUAUUUUAUCUCUUCUCUCAGGCGGAGAACUACGUUAAGGAGGUUGUGGCAGACCGACAGGUGCUCAAGACAGUGCUGAAGGACUUGACACACAUGUCUCCCAACCACCAGAUCACGAUGCUGAAGUUCAUCAAGAACCUGUCCAUGCUGUCGACAACGCUAGAGUCGCUUCACUCUGCCGAUGCCAUUGACUUCCUGAUCGACGUGCUGAGCCACAGCAUGAAAAAGGGCCAGCAACAUUUCCGUGAGAUCUCCAACCAGGUCCUCAAUACCAUGUUUAACCUGUGCCGUCUCAGUAAGGAACGGCAGGAGUAUGCGGCUGUCAAUGGUAUCAUUCCGCUUCUGCUCAAGAUCAUGCAGACGGAACGGCCACCAAAAGAGUUUGCACUUCCUAUUCUAUGCGACAUGGCUCACUCGGGCAGCAAAGGCAGACGGUAUCUGUGGCAAAACAAGGGCCUCGACUUCUACGUCUCUCUUUUGGGAGACCAGUACUGGCAGGUCACGGCUCUAGAUGCCAUCUUUAUCUGGCUGCAGGAAGAGACGGCAAAGGUAGAGAGCCAUCUCCUGGACGGAAGCCGGUUCCAAGAGGCCAUUGUGGCAUGUUUCAAUACGACGAAAGCAAAUGCGUUUGAUUCGAACCUCCUCGAGCCAUUGUUGAAAGCGCUUCGCCUCAGCCCGUCGCUGGCAGCGACUCUGGCCAAGGCAGAGAUGUACUCGGGCAUUGCGCAGAAACUGAACCACAAGAAGCCCGUGGUCCGGCUCAAUCUCCUACGUCUAGUCCGGAACAUCAUGGACAACAGCAACGAAAGCAUGGCUGGGACCGGACAAGGUGGCAGCAGCAACGCACAUCUUGCCGUUUUGUUCGAAGCCAUCCAGAUGCUGGCCGAGAAAGACACAGCUGUGUUGGUGCGCAACCUGGCAUCGGAGCUCGUGCGGACUCGCAUCGAAGUCGAACACGACAGCACAGCAAUCAGCGGAGUGUCGAGUACUGCAAGCUCAUCGCGAUCACGGUCGGGUCCGCAUAGGCGCAACACCUUGUACACACCGCCCGGCCUCCAGUCGGCGACCUCAGCCCCGUUGACACCGACACAUGGUGGCGCUCACCACCACCACAGCCACUACAAUCAGCACCGCGCGCUGCCACGCCGCUCUCAGACGUCUCUAUCGUCUUCGGACGUAACUUUCAUCGAGGUGGCCGCCACACCGAAGCGCUCUGCGCUCGCCCCAACACACGAGCGGGAAUCUCUCCUAUACCGGCCCCGAAGCCAGGAUGGAGGACCGGCUGGCUCGUCGAUUCCACGACGUGUUAGCGGAGAGUCGAGCGGGAGCUCCAAAAGCAGUCUGAGCAGCGGCAGCAGCUUGUCCGCGUCUGGGGGCAGUGCAGGAGGCCAGGCUGUCGGAGCUAUCAAACCACCACGACAGCUUGCAGGCCAUGCUAGCCGAACAAGCUUGGGCCCUGCCAUCAUCAGCCGCCAAGUGUCGAUGCCAAGUGGUCGUAGGGGCACUCUCGGCGGCGGCGGCAACGGAAGGCCGAGGGGCCAACCACGGCCGGUUGAGUGUGUGAUGACGGACGAUGACUACGCAAUGCCUGAUGACAGCGAUGAACUGAAGCUAUUCCCAUAA